UCUUUACAAGUAGUGCAGGGGGAGUGCACCCUAUUGCACGAUUUCCAAAGAUUCUCCCGUUAAUGAUCAUGUUCAUGGAAGUGAAGGGUUGCCGUUUCCAACGUUGGAUUAUUCCAUUUUUCAUACCUCUUGUGGAUCCAUGCUCUGUUUCUGUUUGCACAAUUUUUUUAUUUCUUCAGCACACAUGGCAUUGCUUGGCUAGAUAUGAGAUAUGGAGAUGGGUAUUAGAUCUUGACAGCUUUCUUUCCCCCUCUCCUCUCUCCGACCUUAUGAUCUGUCUUUUCUUUUCUCCAACUGUAAGCCUCAUUCCAAAGCCCACGUGGGUUUUAUGUUCCUCUCAUCAACUCUUUUGUUUUUUUGGUUUAAUUCAUUGGUCGGAUCAUGUGAAAGUGGACGAUCUGAGAAGGGACGAGGGAACAGUAAAGUGGCAAGCUUGGACCGAGGAAUAGGAAAGGCUUCUAUCUCUCUUAUUUCAUCUCUGUUGGGUCAUAGGUUUCUCUUGUUGUAGGGGAUAAGUGGGAGGAAAAGUGGCGCAGAAGAGGAUAGGGACCCAACUGGUAUUUCAGGUUCUACCUUUCAUGAAUCAGAUGAAUGGGAAAAAGAGAUCUGUGGCUAUGGAUAAGAAAACUUGUUGCAAGCAUUCAUCUUCAAUGGAAGAUAGUGCUUCAGAAAGUUUUGAAAGCCAGAACGGGAAGAGCACGGAUAAGGGAUCUCAUCAUAGCAAAACUUUAGGUUCUCGCACUAAGCCAACUCCAUCAAAAUGGGAUGAUGCUCAAAAAUGGCUGGCUGGUUUCUCCAGUGGAGGAAAUGAUCGUCACUCCAAGUGCAAGCCUCGGAAUUCGAAUGCAGAAGACAGGAGACUUCUGCAGUCUGCAUCUCAGAGGGGCAGGGAUUCUUGUAGCAGUGCUGAUCUGGGCUUGGAAGAAGAUCUAGCCCUGCGAAAUUGUGUUCAAGAUGAGGGGGAGACUAAGAAGAUAGACUGCAGUGAUUUAAUUUGGAGGAUCAAUAAGCCUAUGGAGAAUUCACAGAUAGAAGUCAAGGCAGUUUCUUUGAGAGAUUUUGGCACGGAGAUGACUCCCAUAACAAGCCAAGACCCUUCCAGGACUGCUACUCCGAUCCGAGCAACGACGCCGGUGUUAACAAGUCCCAUUUCUUCCAGAUCUUCAUCCCCCGGAAGGUAUCGUCAAGGGGGAAAUUCCUUUGAAAGUUUCCAAACAGGGGUGAGGAAUUUAGCGAGGAAGAAUGAAACAGUGCUUUUUGGCACAACCAGUGGGAAUGGGUGGGCUGUAAACAGGGAUGGGACUGCUGCUGCGAGGAAGGUGGCGGGUGAUUUGGAGCAGAUCAAAAACUCGAGUUCUCUAGAAUCUAGAGCAAUGGCAUGGGAUGAGGCAGAGCGAACAAAAUACAUGGCAAGGUUCAAGCGUGAAGAGGUGAAGAUACAAGCUUGGGAAAAUCAUGAAAGAAGAAAGGCUGAAAUGGAGAUGAAGAAGAUUGAGGUGAAAGCUGAGAGGCUUAAAUCUCGAGCAGAGGAGAAACUGGCCAACAAAAUAGCCGCAACAAGAAGGAUAGCAGAGGAGAAACGUUCCAAUGCAGAAUCCAAACUGAAUGAGAGUGCCGCAAGAACAGCAGAAAAAGCAGAUUAUAUUCGAAGAACCGGUCAUUUGCCAUCCUCCUUUUCUUUUAAGCUUCCUCAUUUGUGCCGAUAAUAUGCAGUUUUUUCGCUUCCGUUCCUGGUCGGAGCAACAGAAGAAGAAGAAGAGGAAGAAGGCAGACAUGUUACUCUCAUGGCGCUCUCUUCUUCAUUGGAUUAGCGGCGUAUCAUUGCCCAUAGCGUCGUCUUUCUCUGCCGAGACAUCUCCUGCAACAGCUCGAGAGUCGAGAACAUCGAUUAUGGCGGCGAUGGAGCUGGAAGAAGCUCUGCCGAAAGGGUAUGUGGUUCCUGUAACUCCGACUUUCUGGAUUGCAAAACUAGGCUUAUCAAGUUUAAAGAGUUGGGGAGGAAGAUCGGCGGUGUAAUUCCUCUUCGCAUUCUAUGUAUUUACAUAUC